GAUGCACAAUUCCGAUGAAGAUAUGCGGACAUCACCUCCACCAGCGAAACGACAACGCACGGGCCACCGCAGAACAUCCGAGUCAUCAAUCGAGCAAUCACAGUUCUGGUUUGCUGACGGGGACAUCGUGAUUAGCGUUGAAGGACAAUCAUGGAAGAUUCACCGCAGCAAGCUUAUGUGUUCAGUGAUUUUUGCGGACAUGCUCGAACUUCCGCAGCCGGCCGACAUCGAGAGAAUGCAUGGAUGCCCUCUGGUCAGUCUGUGGCAAGAUUCCGUCAAAGACUGGCUAGUCGUCCUGAUGUGGAUGUACCAACGCGAUAAGUUCAAUAGCCAAACUGUUAUCUUUGAUACCAUAGCCGGAGCCCUACGACUAUCCAACAAAUAUGAUAUCGCAGACCUCCGUCAAUGGAGCACACGUCAGUUAUUUCUACGAUGGCCCCAAGACCUCACCAAAAUGACCUAUGCCGCAUUUCCUCAUGCCGCUGAGGCCAUAUGCCUCGCAAGAGAAUGUAAUGUUCCUGAAAUUCUUCCUGCCUCGUUCUAUGCGCUUUCGAUACUGCGUUGGACUCAUCUAGCCGACGGUGGCCAAAGCCACCUCCUGUUAUCCCCAGCAGACCUUCGGUGCUUCAUAGU